CCUGAGCUGCACCACCCGCUUCUCCAGUCUCUGCGUUUCUGAGAACCGUCAGCAGCACUCGGCAGCCUGAGUUUCACUGACCCAGCAGUUUGAGCUGCUUCCUCCAAAGAGAGUGGUUCCUGACCCCAGCAGACUGCAGACGGGGCUGGGAUGGCAGGCUGAUAUUGGGCCGGUCUUUCAGGAGCUGACUCGCCCUAAUCCAACCAUCCAGCCUGGAGUUCCCCUCUGUGGAUGCCUGAAAUCAUGAGUUCGCCAAGAUCUAAAUCGGGGGCAGCCAAUGGCGUGACCAGAUCGGACAGCAAACUCAGCGCCAAGGCUCUUUACGAGCAGCGGAAAAAAUACUCCAACUCCAAUUACAUCACGCAUGAGAUAUCCCAGUAUCAUGUCGAGCAUCUCUCCACAUUUAUGAUGGACAAGUCUGAGUCCAUCAUCACAGUGGAUGAUGCCAUCAAGAAGCUGAAACUUCUUGAUUCAAAGGAUAAAAUCUGGACGCAGGAGAUGCUCCUGCAGGUCACUGACAAGGCUGUCAAGCUGCUCGACUGUGACACACAGGAAGAGCUGGAGAACUUCCCUCUGCCUACAAUCCACAUGUGUCAGACGGUGCUGAAUCAGACACGAUACACAUCUGUGCUGCUGCUUGUGUGUCAGGACAAAGAUCAGCACAGACCUGACAUCCAUUUUUUCCACUGCGAUGAAGUUGAUGCUGAAAUGGUUCAUGCAGACAUCGACAGCGCCCUGGGAGACACCAAGCAUGGAAAGAAUAUGAGACCUCAAACUCUGAAGGUGAACCAGGAGAAAAUGAAGCACCACAGAGAGACCAUCCUCCCGCCAGGCCCCAGGGGCCCUCCUCCCCCUGUCAAAGGACGGGUGUCAGCACCUGUGAGCAUGCAAGACAAACGAUCUUCGGGACAACACGACUCAGAGUUUCAUGAAAACCUACCUCAGCGCAUAGAGAAGGAUGUGCAAAUCCUCAAUUGCGCUCUGGAUGACAUAGAGAUCUUUGUUGCACGGCUGCAAAAGGCUGCAGAGGCCUUUUCCCAGCUCAAACAACGCAACAAGAGUAAGAAGAAUAAGAAGAAAGGACCAGCAGAGGGCAUGCUGACCCUGCGAGCCAAGCCCCCCUCUGAAGCAGAGUUCAUUGACAGCCUGCAGAAACUGAAGCUGGCCCUCAACCUCUUGACCAAACUGAGGAAACACAUACAAAACCCAAAUGCCUCAGAACUAGUUCAUUUCCUCUUCGGCCCCUUGGAGUUGGUCCUGCAGACCUGUGGAAGUCCGGAUCUGGCCCGUUCGAUCAUCUCUCCGCACCUGUCUAAGGAUACUGUUGACUUUCUGCGGGGACACCUUACUCCUAAAGAGACGACUAUCUUUGAGCUGCUGGGGGAUGGAUGGACCAAACCCAGAGCAGAAUGGCCCAGGGAUCAGUGUGCUCCUCCUUAUUAUCCAAAGUUUCGGAAUGGCUGGGAACCACCAGCAGAGCUCUUCCUGACAGCGUCAUGGGAGACUGAGGGCCCAUCUGGGCAAUUCGCUGGGCAACAUGGACCUCCCUUCAGCCCAGAUUAUAGACAACAUUCAAGUGAAGAUUAUUACGGAACUCAUUCCUCAAACUCAUCAAAUGGCUCUUACAGUGAGAAGCCCAACAACCGCAAAUUUGCAAAGAUCCGCUAUAAUUUUGUAGCACGGAAUGCCAACGAGCUGUCGGUUCUGCAGGAUGAAAUUCUUGAGGUAUUAGAGGAUGAUAAACAGUGGUGGAAGCUGCGUAAUCGGAGUGGACAGGCUGGCUAUGUCCCAUUUAAUGUUCUGGACGUCGUGAAAAUCGAGGACCCAGACGUUCCCUACAACCAGAAGAGCUUCAUGACUUCACCCUCGGGUUCUGCGAGCCGAGAAGACAGUUUUAACAAGGGCAUCACCAAAGACAAAGCAAUGGAUGAGGUCAACAAUGAACUACUCAAGAAAAUCACGGCCAGCAAAACCCAACCACCCAAAUUGAUCCAUGUGAAGCGAACACCGAGCACACAAGUCCCUCUGACCUCUGACUCAAACCCAGGCCAGGUGACAGCGUGGCUCAAUGCAAAGGGUUUCUCAAAACCGACUGUGGAUUGCUUGGGAAUCCUGACCGGAGCUCAACUCUUUUCCCUGAAUAAAGACGAGCUGAAAGCCGUGUGUGGAGAUGAAGGUGGACGAGUCUACUUUCAGGUCACUGUGCAAAAGGAGCAGGUAGAGAAAUCCAGUGGGAGUUCAGAGCUGCAGGAGAUCAUGAAGCGAAGGCAGGAGAGGAUCGACUCUGGUGGCACAGACUGAACCUGUUGAGCAGCCCAAUGCCCUGCAAACAUUUUCCUUCCUCACACCUUUCAGCGUGCAGCAACUUACUAAACCAAUCUACUUCUUGUAAUCUAAGAAAGAAAAUGACAAAAUAUCUUGUACAUUUAUAAUUGCAUAUUUAUUUUUUAUCAUGUGUGCGCUACUCAUUUCAAAUGAUGUCACAUUUGUUUCCCCUAAAUAUUAAAAUAAAGAACUGCCGAAAGGAUGAACACAGGAACUCAUGUACAGUUUUGUUCGCAUGCUUGUCGCACAAUUGUGAUGUACAUUAGAAGUGUGACUGAUGGUAAAAGCAAACUGGUGAUAUCUCAACUGUUUACAAAUUCCUCGGUAUAAUAAGUUAAAUCUCUGCUGUUGCUUUUCCAAAUCAGUGCCAGAAUGUUUGAAACAUUUUCUUAUGUAUAGCCAAUUCUUUUCAUAUAACUGUUUACAAAAAACAAACAAAAAAAUUGAAAUAAAUAAAACAUGUUUUGUUUUAAUACAAGCAGUUUUCUGAAGUAGUUUCAUCCUGGUUGGCAAAGGCCAAUUGGAGCUAAGUAUUAUGGAUUAUAAUUCUGAUGUUUUGUAAGAGAUUUUGAACAUUUUUGAAGAGAAGAACGUGGAAAAUAUUGUGCAUGAUGUCAUUUGAACCCUUGUGCUAUCCUAUGGGGUCAAGAUGACCAUUGACGUGUUGUUCCUACCAUGACAAAGGUGGAUAAAGGUGAAGAGAAUUUCAUGUAAUCCAUGGACACCAAUGAGGAUCACAAAUGAUUGAAGAAAAAAGGUUCAGCACACUGUCAUGUGGGGUCUAGAUGACCCAACUCCCAAUGUUAUAGCAGCAUGGAAUUAUGCAAUGUUAGGAUGCAACCUAGGAAGAAAGUUUGCUGUAGAGUUGUGUUCUGAUGUAAAAAAGAAAAAAAUGAAGAAAAAGGGCUGUAAAUACUGUGGUACCCAA